UCUGCGGGAAGCAGGCGUCGCAGCUGCAUUGGAUGCUCAGUCUCCGAGCCAGAGCCAGCGAUGGAGAAAACCGUGGUGCUCAUUACAGGCUGCUCCUCGGGGAUCGGCCUGGGGCUGGCUGUGCGCCUGGCCUCGGACGCCUCCUGCCGGUUUAAAGUCUACGCCACCAUGCGCAACCUGGCCAAGAAGGAGCGGCUGCUGGAGUGCGUGAGGGGCUGCCACGCCAGCACCCUGGAGAUCCUGCAGCUGGAUGUCACCGACCCGCUCUCGCUCGCUGCAGCCGCGCAGCAGGUGCAGGAGCAGCGUGUCGACGUGCUGGUGUGCAAUGCCGGGGUGGGGCUGAUGGGCCCCCUGGAGACCUGCUCCUACCAGGCCAUGAAGACCAUCUUCGAUGUGAACGUGUUUGGGACCAUUGGCACCAUCCAGGCCUUUCUACCCGGCAUGAAGCGCCGCAAGGCUGGCAAGAUCAUCAUUUCCAGCAGUGUGGGGGCACUGCAAGGGAUCCCCUUCAACGCCGUGUACUGCGCCAGCAAGUUUGCCGUGGAAGGUUUGUGUGAGAGCCUGGCUGUGAUCCUGCAGCAGUUCAAUGUGCACAUCACGCUGAUUGAGUGCGGCCCAGUCAAUACGAGCUUCCUGGCCAACCUGCAGCGCAUGGACACCGAGGGCUGCGUGCUGCAAGGCCUGGACCCGCAGACCUGUGCCCUGUACAGCCAGUACCUCCAGCACAGCCAGAGCCUCUUCCGCGACGUGGCCCAAGACACUGAGGAGGUCCUGCAGGUGUUCCUGGACGCCAUCUGCACCCCCUGCCCCCCUCUGCGCUCUUUCACCACCCAGUUCUUCAUGCCGCUCACCCGGCUCAAGCUGACAAGCCCUGACGGCUCAGAGUACGUCCGCGCCAUGCACAAGUUCGUGUUCUCUGCGGGCGAGGCCCAGGGCGACCGGGUGUGAGGGGGAGCAGCAUGGCCGUCCCAGAACGAGGAGGGGUUCGGAGUGAAGCAGCCCUCACAUUGCCCUGAGUUUGUACAGGUGGGCUGUGCUCCCCCCCAGUGGGGACGUGACCCUGCCACGGGGCCCCAAUAAACUUGUCUGCUCCC